GCCGCGCCGCGGGGGCCGCGGCCCGCGCCGCCGGGCAUGUUGCGCUGGGUCCGCCAGCAGCUGGGUUUUGACCCGCCACAUCAAAGUGAUACACGAACUAUUUACAUAGCAAAUCGUUUCCCCCAGCAUGGCCAUUAUGUUCCCCAGAAAUUUGCAGACAACAGAAUCAUAUCAUCCAAGUAUACAGUGUGGAAUUUUGUUCCGAAAAACUUAUUUGAGCAAUUCAGAAGAGUAGCCAACUUUUAUUUUUUGAUUAUAUUUUUGGUUCAGCUCAUGAUAGAUACCCCUACCAGUCCUAUUACCAGUGGAUUGCCAUUAUUUUUUGUCAUAACUGUGACAGCCAUAAAACAGGGUUAUGAAGACUGGCUACGACAUAAAGCAGACAAUGAAGUAAAUGGUGCUCCAGUUUACGUUGUUAGAAGUGGUGGUCUCGUAAAAACUAGAUCUAAAAAUAUUCGGGUGGGUGAUAUUGUCAGAGUAGCCAAAGAUGAGACUUUCCCUGCUGAUCUGGUGCUUUUGUCAUCUGAUCGAGUGGAUGGUUCAUGUCAUGUUACUACUGCAAGCCUGGACGGAGAGACCAAUCUUAAGACACAUGUGGCGGUCCCAGAAACAGCAGUGUUACAGUCAGUUGCCAACCUGGACAAGCUUGUAGCUGUUAUAGAAUGUCAGCAGCCAGAAGCAGACCUAUACAGAUUUGUUGGAAGAAUAACUGUAAGUCAGCAAAUUGAGGAAAUUGUACGACCUCUUGGACCUGAAAGUCUCUUACUUCGUGGAGCAAGAUUAAAAAACACUAAAGAAAUAUUUGGUGUUGCUGUGUAUACAGGUAUGGAGACAAAGAUGGCAUUAAAUUACAAGAGUAAAUCUCAGAAACGGUCAGCAGUGGAAAAGUCUAUGAAUUCCUUCUUGAUUAUUUAUCUAAUAAUCCUCCUCUUUGAAGCUAUUCUGAGUACUAUUUUAAAAUAUGCAUGGCAAGCCGAAGAAAAAUGGGAUGAGCCUUGGUAUAAUGAAAAAACAGAGCAUGAAAGAAACAGCAGUAAGAUUCUGAGAUUUAUUUCAGAUUUUCUUGCUUUUCUGGUACUGUACAAUUUUAUUAUACCUAUUUCACUUUAUGUGACUGUUGAGAUGCAGAAAUUUCUUGGAUCUUUCUUUAUUGGCUGGGAUCUUGACCUCUACCACGAAGAAACAAACCAGAGAGCACAAGUAAAUACUUCAGACCUCAAUGAAGAGUUGGGGCAGAUAGAGUAUGUGUUUACAGACAAAACUGGUACAUUAACUGAAAAUGAGAUGCAGUUUCGUGAGUGCUCCAUUAAUGGCAUAAAGUACCAAGAGAUCAAUGGGAAACUAACUCCAGAGGGACUGUCUGAAGAUUCUCCAGAUGGAAAUAGGCACAGUUUGGUGAAAGAGGAAGAGCUCUUCUUGAAAGCAGUUUGUCUUUGUCAUACAGUGCAGAUUAAUGCAGAUCAAACAGAUGGUGCUGAUGGUCCCUGGUAUGCCAAUGGAAUACCAUCCCCAUUGGAAUAUUAUGCUUCUUCACCAGAUGAGAAAGCUUUAGUUGAAGCUGCAAGCCGAGUUGGAGUAGUCUUCACUGGAACUAGUGGGGACACUAUGGAAGUAAAAAGUCUUGGAAAACCAGAAAGGUACAAAUUGCUUCAUGUUUUGGAAUUUGAUCCAAAUCGCAGACGAAUGAGUGUCAUUGUAGAGAGUCCUUCAGGGGAAAAGCUUUUAUUCACAAAGGGAGCAGAAUCUUCCAUUCUUCCUCGUAGUAAGAGUGGAGAAAUAGACAAAACAAGGAUACAUGUGGAUGAAUUUGCCUUGUCUUUUAUUUCCUCACAGAAAGGACUAAGAACUUUGUGCAUAGCCUACAGAAGAUUCACACCUGAGGAGUAUCAAGAAAUUGGCAAACGCCUUCAUGAGGCCAGAACCGCCUUACAGCAGCGGGAAGAAAAAUUAGCAGAUGUGUUCAACUUCAUAGAAAGGGAUCUGGAAUUGCUUGGGGCUACAGGAGUAGAAGACAAACUGCAGGAGAAAGUUCAAGAAACUAUUGAAGCACUCAGACUGGCUGGUAUCAAAGUAUGGGUACUCACUGGAGAUAAACAUGAAACCGCUGUUAGUGUCAGUUUGUCAUGUGGACACUUUCAUAGGACCAUGAACAUCCUUGAACUUGUACAGCACAAAUCAGACAGUACAUGCGCAGAGCAACUGAGGCAGCUAGCCAAGAGAAUAAAAGAAGACCAUGUUAUCCAGCAUGGACUGGUUGUGGAUGGGACCAGCCUCUCUCUCGCACUCAGGGAACAUGAAAAACUGUUCAUGGAAGUUUGUAAAAACUGUUCUGCAGUGUUGUGCUGUCGCAUGGCACCCCUUCAGAAAGCAAAGGUAGUGCGACUGUUAAAAACCUCUCCAGAGAAACCUAUAACAUUAGCGAUCGGUGAUGGUGCUAAUGAUGUGAGCAUGAUACAAGAAGCACAUGUUGGCAUAGGAAUCAUGGGUAAGGAAGGAAGACAAGCUGUAAGAAACAGUGACUAUGCAAUAGCACGGUUUAAAUUCCUCUCCAAGCUGCUUUUUGUUCAUGGCCACUUUUACUAUAUUAGAAUAGCAACCCUUGUACAGUACUUUUUUUAUAAGAAUGUGUGCUUUAUUACACCACAAUUUUUGUAUCAGUUCUUCUGUUUGUUUUCACAACAAACACUCUAUGACAGUGUAUACCUGACUUUGUACAAUAUUUGUUUCACUUCCUUGCCUGUCCUCAUCUACAGUCUUUUUGAACAGCACGUGCAUCCGCAUAUAUUACAGAGUAAACCUGUGCUCUAUCGAGACAUCAGUAAAAAUGCCCAUCUAGGGUUUAAACCAUUUCUUUAUUGGACCAUUUUGGGCUUCUUUCAUGCAUUUGUUUUCUUUUAUGGCUCGUAUCUUCUAAUGGGAGAAGACACUUCUCUGCUGGGAAAUGGCCAGAUGUUUGGAAACUGGACAUUUGGUACUUUGGUCUUCACUGUCAUGGUUAUAACUGUUACGAUGAAGAUGGCACUAGAAACUCACUUCUGGACAUGGAUAAACCAUUUUGUUACUUGGGGAUCUAUUGUUUUUUAUUUCAUUUUCUCCUUGUUUUAUGGGGGAAUUAUCUGGCCAUUUUUACAUACCCAGGACAUGUACUUUGUAUUUGUUCAACUGUUGUCAAGUGGUUCUGCUUGGUUUGCCAUAAUCAUCAUCGUAGUUGCUUGUUUGUUUCUUGAUGUGGUGAAGAAAGUGCUGUACAGGCAUCUACAACCAACAAGUACUGAAAAAGCUCAGCUUACUGAGACAAGUUCAGGUAUCAACUGCUUGGACUCCAUGUGCUGCUUCUCAGAUGGGGAAACAGCAUGCACACCUCUUAGAAGAAUGCUGGAACGACUAAUGGGAAGAUGUAGUCCAACUCGGGUCAACAGGUGUGGAAUUUCUCUCAGUAGCCUUUGCUGCAGGCGAUUCUCCUAUAAACUGGAACCAGAUGAGCCUGCAGCUAUAGAUGUCUAGUAAACCAGCUGCAGGUUUUGCUUAUUUAAUAGGAAAUGCAACUCUUUAUUGUACUUUUUUUAAUCCUAAAAGAUUAGUUUCUUGUUUCUUUUUGAGUGCUUUCUUUUGGGAUGAGGGGGAAGUGAUUUUCAAAAGACUUCUGUUAAAACGGUUAGUUUGGCUUAGUACAAGAUCUUGUGUUAUAUCUGUCUAAUCUUUAUUGAUUUGUACAUUCUUUAGAAAAUCAAGCCUCAAUGCUAUGUAUGUUCUCCUGAUUUAUAUUUUUUUUGCCUUCACAAAUCAGGAGUUCUUUGUAAAAUCAAAAGACUUUUCCCUUUGGUUCUUGAUGUACAACCUCCAAAUAUUUACCUUGGAGCUUGCAUUACUUCUGAAGAUAUACAAAAGGCUCACAUUCCCUGCACUUAAAUAGAACUUCGUUAUUGGAAGGAGAGUCUUAAAAUAUUUCAGCCAUUGAUUGAUAUGAAAAUUAAAUAUUUUUGUAGUAUAACUUUUAUAAUCUAUUUCUAAAAUCUAAGCAAUUGACAGAAUAGAGCCUUCAGGUUCUAAGAAUUUUAACUUUUUUUUUUUCAGUAUUAGAAGGUAUAUUGUCAAAAUCAUGUGUGCCAUUUGAAAGUAUGUGCUAAAUAAAUCUUUUCCUUCUCAAAUCAUGCGUGUGAAACAAACCCCAGUGGGUUAAAAACAUGUUAGAGUACCCAUAAAUACUUCUAAGGAGUGAUACUGCUCUUGCAGCAGGCGUAACUGUGAUAAAAGUUCUUACUAAAUCUGCUGAUGUGCCAUCUUUGCAUUUCCGAACAAAGAGGGACAGCUAACAAACAUGGAAAUAUUUGGGGGAAGAAAUAAAUAUAGUCUUUUGUACAUCAUAAUCUCUUAAUCCCGGAAUGAUAUCAUAGUCCUUUGUUAAUCAAAAAGCAAACCUGAAGAAGUUUCACGUCACACAUUUUCAAGGGAACCUGUUUCUUAUUUGAACAACUUUGUCUCUUUUAGUUAAAGGAUGUGAUAUCAUUCAUUCAGUAUAAAAUCUUGUGCAACUAACUUUCGCUGACAUACUUUGUCAGUUCUGAAUUUUUCCUUUAGGUAUUGACUUGGUAUGAAGUACAUCUCUGUUUUGAGACUUGUGUUGAACAUGGUGUCUGUAGUUUCGGUCAUUUUCUCUAUCCUGGCUUGCUUAUGAAACUUUAUUCAACAUUUCUACAAAUCUAGGGUAUGAUUAUGCAAAAUGUUUCAUUCCAUCUGAAAAAAUGAACUGUUAUGCUCAAAUACAUUUUUUAUCAAAACUCUUGCUGUAUAGAAGGUGGGCAUGAUGUAUAAAAUAAACAGUUUAAUAGAAUUUUUAAUCUACAAGGUGAGCAUUGAUUGGUCUAAAAAUCAACAAUUUGGUAGUGCUUGCUAACUGAAAAGGGGUUUCUUGGUGUUUUUUUUUUUUUUUUUUUUUUUAACUUGUCCUCUGUAAAACUGUGCUUUGCAAAUGAGGAACUUGGCUACUUUUUCAUUUUAUUGUUAUCUAAUAAAUGUAGAUUUUUAGUUAAGGUUUGCUUUAAUGUCAGAUAUUCAUAUAAGGUAGGUAUGCUGUUUUUUACUAUGGAUUUACAUUUUUACUGCUUCCUCCUUUUCCACUCAUUUUCUUUAAGAACUUAAAAAUAUUUACUGAAGAGAAAAUCGUAUUUGACAGAACGUGAGGCACUUUUUGAACACUGCUUAUUCUCAGGUUUCUUUUCUGUUUACUUUUAAUUGUCACACACAGUUCCACCUAGCUAAAUAUUUUUGGAGUUGCCAGAACAUCUGUAUUAAAUGAAUAUGCAAAACUAUUUUGGUGCUACACUAAGGGCUUGAAGUUCUGUUGUUUUUGCUUCGGCCUCUGGUUGAAAUUACUCCUAACCGUCUUCUAGUUGCACUUAAUUUUACUUAUGGUAGAACUAGAAAGAAGACAAUAUAGUUUAUUUUACCCUUACUUUUUUUUUCAAUGUCUUCCACUCCUUCCACUCGCCAUUUACGCUUAAAACCUAGUCUAAAAGUGAAGCUACUAGGAAGGAAUUAUUUACAUUCUUCUCCCACACUUUUCUGUGCAGUAUAUGAAUGUUUAUUUUAUUAAUAUACUAAUUACUUAAAUCACAUGAGAUAAUUGCAAAUUGUGAAAAGCUGAAGAUUCAAUUAAGAAAUCUAUCUGGAGAUUUAAAAAUGCUUAUAAAUUUAAGUUUAGCAUUUGUUCCCAAGCUUGACCUGCUUUGAUUUUACCUAGUAGUUGAUGUGUUCAGAAGAUCACGCAGUCCCAAACAGAAUGUCUUUUGUGUUUGUACUGUAUAAAACAACUUCUUAUUCAACCGAGAGGUAGCUGCAAACUGUUUUCGUUGAAUGAAUUGAUACCUGUAAAUAUCUUGCCUGUAAGAGCGCUGUGCGGUGAGGAUCACUAUUUAAAUAAUGUUGAUGUAGAUAGCUUGUAUUGUAUUUUCUGUGUGCUCCUGAUAGUCGGUCAAAUAUGUGCUCCUGAUGUUCUGUCAAAUACGAUAACUGAACGUGAAAUCAAAUACUGUAUCAAAUUUUGAUAGAAACUUUGAUUCAUCAAAGUUGUACAAAUGCUUGGAGUAGAGGGCCACGGGAAUAUAGUUUCUUGUAGUUGCUUUGCUGUUUUUUAAAUGUAUUCAAGAAGUAUUUUCCAUAGUUUCAUUCACCCAUUAGAAAAUGUGUAUCAUAGUAUGGUAAAAUGCAUAUCUGUGUCUCUGUUUCAUUAAAUUGUCUGUCAAUUUGUCAGUCACUAAAA